GGGAGCGGUGAGAGAAGUUGUGGAAGUAAUUUUGAGUUUUCAAAGUUGUGUAACAGAGGUAGUUUGGGAAGCUUUGGUGACAAUGGAUGGGCGACGAACAACCACAGUGAGAACAGAGAAUGGCCGGAGGAUAGUGAAUGGUCACUUGACUCAAGCUCAGAGUAACAACAUUUAUGAAAAUAAAUUUGAACAAGGAGAAAUGGAGCCGCAGAAUGACCAAUACAAUUACCAGGGUAUGGCUGCUAAUGGCACUCAGCAACCCUCUCCACAAUCAUCCCGGGAGCCCCAGCACAUGGGAGCCUACAUGUUCAUACCACCAAAUGAAUCCAAGAGAGACAAGCUUCAGAGAAUGGCUAAAAAGGAAUUAGAAGAUUUGGAGCACUGGAAAGAAGCUCAUAGACCAGGGCCUAUAAAUCUCACUCCGAAGAAGCUUGGAGGAGGAUAUGUUUCACAAGCAGAAGCAAGACAGAAGCAGCAAAUUGUGCAAUCACAAUCCAAGUACCAAAAGAUGCUUCAGAAAGAAGAAUAUAAAAUAAAACUAAGGCAAGAAGAGGAAGCUGAAAUACAAAAAAAGAAAGCCAUCCAAAGGCAAAAGGCUGAGAAACUAGAGGAAAAAAGACGAGAACAAGAACUGGAGAGACAACUUAAGUGGGAAGAAGACAACUAUUUAAGAAAUAAUGAAUUCCUGAACCAGAUGUCGCAACAUAGAACCAGCUAUUAUACUCAUGAUUCUCCUGGAAACACAUCUAGUGCGUGGGCAAGAAGCCAGGCCUACAAGCAACAAGAAAAAGAAGAAGAAAGCAUGAGACUGCAAGAAAUGAAAGCGGAACAACGUAGGAAAAGUGAAUAUCUUGAAACAAAGAAAAGACAAGAAGAAGAAGAUCGCAGACUCUCUCAGCAAGAACACAGAAGAAGGGUAAACAAUGCAUUUCUGGAUAGACUAGAAAGACUAAGUGUCGUGCAACCCAACGAAGUUCAGGAAAAUUCAUACACUUGGAGUUGAGGUCAGCAUGAAAAGAAAAUAAGACAUUUCCUCAACCCAUCAUGAGUUACACCAGUAACAUUUCAGUAAACUGCCUUCACAUAUGUUGUUUAUGGUUGUGUUCUAUGAUUGAACUGCAAUGUAAACACAAGCAUUAAAUAUCAGUCUCAAAAGAAUGAAUUAAUAAAUGAUGUACAUUAUCUUUUUAAUUUACAUGUCUAUGCUAUUUUAUAUUUGGAGAUCUAUGAGUUCAAGAGGUGCUUUUCAUCUGCUGGAAUGUACAUAUGUAAAUCCUACUAUAUAUCAUAACAAGAUUUUUCUGGAAAUGUAGGCACUUUAUGCUCGAAAAUUUUAUAAUUCUUAAUAAAUGUUUACCGCUCAUAAA